AAUGUCUCGUCGUUGAAGAGGGAGGGUUAAAACGUUUUCAAAACCCUUGGUUCCAAACCCCUCCCCCUCCGAAGCCGUCCUCUGUUCUUGGACUUUCAUCGAAUGCAAACCCUAAUUCAAAACUUUCCUUCUUUCUUCAACUCUUCUGUAUUACCGUCUGAUUUGUAGCCUUCUUCGCCGUUAAUUAUCAGUAUCCCUUUCGUUUUCGCAUACUAUUCCUUUGCUUCUCCUUCGCCAUACCGUCGGAAAUGGUAUCUGGCUUGAGAAUCGAAGGUGGUACUCAGAUACUCCCGGCUCGCGUCCGGAAAACCAUCCAAUCCAUUAAAGAGAUCGUGGGCGACCACUCCGAUGCUGAUAUAUACACAACUCUCAAGGAAACCAAUAUGGAUCCUAAUGAAACUGCGCAGAAGUUGCUCAACCAAGAUCCAUUUCGCGAAGUGAAGAGAAGAAGAGAUAAGAAGAAGGAGAACAUGGGGUACAAAGGUCCAUUGGAUGCGCAAAGACAUUCUGAGGAUGUGAGACAAGGGACAAAGGUAUAUACAUUGUCUGACCGUAAUGUCCGGAGAGGGGCCUAUGCAAAAAGUUCUUGGCCUGGUAUCAGCAAAGAGUUCCGCGUUGUAAGAGACAAUAGAGUUAAUCGAAAUACAGUAAAACCUGCACUUCCACAUUUGGCAAUAUCCACCAAUGAGUUGUCUACAACCGUGUCAAAAACAGGUAUCAACCCAAAAGGAGCACAGGGGCCCUCUGGUGGUAGGAUAUCACAAGUGUCUUUCCGGAAAACUGAUUCACAUCCCAACAAUCAACGAGAUGGUUAUUCAACUGAAAUGUUCCAGAAAGAGUUAAGGGAUGAUGUGGGAGUUUCCAUGUUGAGUUCUAUUCCAGAUACGAACUUAGUGAAGCCGAAUGAUUCUGAGCAACGUUCUGCUGUGUUGGCGUCAAAUGGUGCUGCUGUUGGUCUAUAUUCUUCUUCCACAGAUCCAGUUCAUGUACCAUCCCCAGAUUCUAGAUCAUCUGCUGCAGUUGGAGCUAUAAAACGUGAAGUUGGGGUAGUAGGUGUUCGGAGGCAAUUAAAAGACAUUUCCAUAGACCAGUCUUCAGGACCUAGUCUGUCUCUCACAAAUUCUGUUACUGGAAGGGAUUGUUCUUCUACAGAUUCAUUUCAACCACUAGGCUCCAUUUCUAAAGGCGAACAUCUUAGUCAAAUGAAUGAAUCCGUGAUUCCUGGCCUGGCAGGCAGCAGAUCAACGUUAAAUAAUCAGCAUAGCAGCAGGCAACACCAACCAACUAUGGGUCAUCAGAAAGCUUCCCAGCAUAACAAGGAGUGGAAACCUAAGUCCAGCCAGAAGUUGAGCACUAGUAAUCCUGGAGUAAUAGGAACACCCUCAAAAUCCAAAUCUCCUACUGAUGAGUCCAGAGAGCUGCCUUCUGAAGCUGCUAAUGUUCAAGACAAGCUUGCAAGAGUAGACCUUCAUGAGAACCAGAACGUUAUCAUAGCUGAGCAUAUUAGAGUUCCUGAUAAUGACCAAUAUGGACUGGUCUUCGGCAGUUUUGGGGCAGAAUUUGAUUCUUCUACAGGUCUGUUGUCAGGAUUGCAAGCCGUUAGAGGUCCAGAGGAAUUGAGUGUAGAAUCAUCAUCGAGCAGUCAAUCAAUAUCUGCUCCGGAGAUCUCUACUGAUGAUGCUUCUGGCAGCAGGCAGGUCAAUUUGCUGGAUGAUCAGGUCCGCAGUUCAGAGUCUAAUUCACCAGAUUCUGGUACAGCAACUGAACUUCAGUCAGCAGAUAAAAGAGAAUCUUCUAGUUCCCAGGCUCUAAAUACGUAUGCAGAGAUUGGAAUUGUUCGAGAGAGAAGUCCAAAAUAUGUUCCCACUUCACAACAUCAAGAUCCUUCUGAGUUACCUGGAUUUUCGGCGUAUGAUCCACAGACUGGCUAUGACAUACCUUAUUUUCGACCAACAGUGGAUGAAACUGUUAGGGUGCAAGGCUUACCGUCUCAAGAGGCGGUUAACUCUCAUGCUACUAGCAGCAUCCCUACAUUAACAAUUCCUAUGGUGCAACAGCAGCAAACUCCUGUUGCCCAGAUGUAUCCACAAGUUCAUGUUUCCCAUUUUGCAAACCUCAUGCCAUAUCGACAGUUCCUAUCUCCUGUUUUUGUUCCACCAUUGGCCAUGCCUGGUUAUUCUAGUAGCCCAGCGUAUCCUCAUCCGUCCAACGGUAACAGUUACCUGGUGAUGCCUGGUGGUAGUACUCACAUGAAUGCAAAUAACCUGAAGUAUGGAAUCCAGCCGUUUAAGACUAUUCCGGCUGGCAGUCCGGCAGGGUUUGGAAACUUCAAUAAUCCUGCUGGGUUUGCCAUGAAUGCUCCUGGUGUAGUUGGGAGUGCAAAUGGACUUGAAGAUUCAUCUCGAAUGAAGUACAAAGAUGGCAACCUUUAUGUUCCGAAUGCACAGGCUGAGACAUCUGAAAUUUGGAUUCAAAACCCAAGAGAUCUUCCAGGUUUGCAAUCGGCUUCAUAUUACAGCAUGCCUGGGCAAACUCCUCAUGGUGCUUAUUUGCCUUCUCAUACCGGGCAUGCUUCCUUCGGUGCGCAGUCUACACACAUGCAAUUUCCCGGAUUGUACCAUCCACCUCCACAGCCUGCCCCUAUUGGAAAUCCUCAUCACAUGGGGCCUGGGAUGGGUGGUAAUGUUGGAGUGGCUGGUGCCACCCCUGGGCCACAAGUUGGUGCUUUCCAGCAGCCACAGUUGGGUCAUCUUAAUUGGACAACUAAUUUCUAGCGAAAUGGGAAGCAAGAGAACUGUGAAGCUAACCCCCUUUAUCAUACAAGGGACUGAAGUAGUCAUAAAUGUUUUAUAUUUUUGUCAUAUGUGUAAUCGAUAACCUUCUCAUAUUCAAUGUAGUAUGCGGUUUUCUCCAUUUGCAUCAA